GUCUCCAUUGCUUUCUACGACAUGUGUUCACGAUGGUCUGAUAUAUAAACUGCAUCAUUGGGCGUCGGGACUUUUCCGUGUAUGUCACGUGAUCCAAAUAACCAGAAAGUUAUCGCAGUGCGUUCGUGAUUCAGAGCAACUAUGGGCUUAUCAACGGCGAGACGUCUUAUCCUUGUGUCCGGAUGCUUGAUGUUGCUGUUAGGGUCCUCAUGGGCAUCUAAUGACACCAUCCCUCUGGUUAUAUGGCACGGCAUGGGAGACAGUUGCUGCAAUCCACUGAGUAUGGGUUCAAUAAAGAAGAUGGUGGAAGAAGAAGUGCCAGGAAUAUAUGUGCUGUCUCUUAUGAUCGGCAACUCGGUCCUACAGGACACCGAAAAUGGCUUCUUAAUGGAUGUCAAUGCGCAGGUGUCAUUUGUAUGUAAUCAGUUAAACCAGGACCCAAAACUGAAGGAAGGCUACAAUGCAAUGGGCUUUUCACAGGGGUCACAGUUUCUGCGAGCUGUUGCACAGCGCUGUCCAUAUCCCCCAAUGAAGACCCUAAUCUCUGUAGGUGGGCAGCAUCAAGGGGUAUAUGGUCUUCCCCGAUGCCCUGGUGAAAGUUCUCGCAUCUGUGACUGGAUUCGCAAGGAACUAAACUCAGGGGCCUACACAGAUGCAGUUCAGAAACAUUUGGUGCAGGCACAAUACUGGCAUGAUCCCCUCAAUGAUGACUUGUAUAAGAAAUACAGUCUGUUCCUUGCUGACAUUAAUCAGGAACGGGGGGUGAAUGAGACCUACAAGAAGAAUCUCAUGUCUCUGAAGACGUUUGUCAUGGUUAAGUUUCUGCAGGACACUAUGGUAGAUCCAGUGGAUUCUGAGUGGUUUGGCUUCUAUAAACCUGGUCAAGCAAAAGAGCUGGAAACGCUGCAGGAAAGUGCCAUAUUUAAAGAGGAUCGUCUGGGUUUGGCAGAGAUGGAUAAAGCAGGAAAACUUGUGUUUCUUUCCAGUGAUGGAGAUCACCUGCAGUUCACGCGAGAAUGGUUUAACGAAAAGUUACUUCCUUAUCUCCGCUAACACAGUGAUGCAGUAUCCAAAGGAACUUGUGCUCACACACACACACAUCUGCUGACUGUAGCAUGAUAAUGUUUUUGAGUCCUAUGUCUUAAACGCAAAUGAAGCAGUUUCUGCUUGUUUUAUUGCAUUGAUCUUAUUUGACAAUUUAAUCAGAACAAAUAAAAUUUCUUAUUUCUUAUUAAUUUGCUGUUCAAAUGAGUUAAUUAAUAAAUCUACUUUGUAAUUUGA